UUGACACUGGACCAAAACACUUGACACACAUUCACCAUGAGGAUUCAAAUUGUCCUGUCGAUUCUGUACUUCUCGGCUGUUCUGAUCUUAGCUGAGGAUGGUAAGGCGCAGAAGAAAGAUCGCGAAAUUCUAGAGAUCCUUAAGAAGGGCGAUGAGGAGCUGAGAAAACUAAACCACAAGGUCCACGAUUUAAGCAACUCCCAAAAAGGCAUUGAAGACAAAAUCAAGCAGCAGCGCGACCAGUUGGAGGGUAUCGUCCGUCUCGAGGAGGGUUUGGUAAAGAUUCAAAACGACACUGCCCACAGCUUCCAACUGACUGCAAGUGGGGUGAAGAACCUCACCGCCAACAUACGCUCCUUCGAAGCCAAGAACGAUAAGGCUCUACAAAAUCUAGGCAAGGUGGAACUCCAGAUCAAGGAAGUCAUUGGAAAAGUGGAUGCCAAUCAAAACAAAUAUGAAAACGAAAUCAAGGGCGUAUCCAAGUCAGUGGAAAAGCAUUUGGACGAUCUCAGCAAGUUGCUUAAGCAAUCUGUUGUAGAGAAAUUGGUUUCGCUAGAUCGGACAGCGAAGAAGCUGGAAUCGACCCAGAAAAAUAUUGAACAGAAAGCUUUGUAUUUGGAUGAACUGAACGAACUGGCAGGCAGAGCCAACUACAAGGCAGACCAAUUGGAGCAGGGUCUUCAACAACUGAACUACACCCAGAAUCAACGGUUGACUGGCAUCGCUGUGUCCGUGCAUGAGGUUGAAGUGGGUGUGGGACAUCUAGACAGGAAACUGGUUGAGUUGCUAGGCAACCAGCAAAUCAUUGAGAAGAUUCUCAAGGACUGCGCCAAAUGGAAACAUCCCAACAAACCAUCUAACCCUGAGAACAUAUGGGCACCACCCCAACCAGAUUAUAGUCCAUCCUACGGUUUUCAACAAAAGGAAGUUAGCUACGCAUCUUCCGAAGAAGCUUCCUAUCUCCACAAGCUUUGGUAUGGCAAGGAUUAAAAACUAAACUGAAUCAAACUGUCGAGACAAUAUUUCAACAUUAUUUGCAUAUCAAUAUUAACCCUCAAGAAAUAAAUAAACCCAAAAAAAUAUGAA